CAGGUGUGUAUUUCUAUUGCCUUAGAUAGAAAGUCUGAAAAAUAAAUAUAUAGUGUUAAAAACAGAGGACAAUAUUCUAGGUGAAUGUAAUACAGUCCAAUAUAUCUUUCUAAACUCAUAUAAAAGGUCGCAGAAUUUUAUUUUCAUCAUUCCAGUACUACAAUUGGUCUCAGACACAUUCCUAUACAUAUUUAGAAAAAUGAACAAAUUCUUUGCCAUUGCUGCCAUUUUGGCUACUGUCAGUGCCAUCCCAGCUGACUAUCAAGCCACAUCAUUCGUUAAAUUCAACGACAACCAUAAUUCUGUCAGUCACUCCCAAUCUGCUUCUGCUCCUGUAUAUGCCGCACCAGUUCUAACUAAAGUAGCUGCACCUGCUGUGGCUAAAGUAGCAGUUCCAGCUGCACCUGUAGUGGCCAAAUACUCUGUCCCUGCCGCCCCAGUUUACUCUGCCGCUCCAGUUUAUUAUGCUGCUCCUUCUGUUAGUAAAGUAGCUCUUCCAGUAGUUGCCAAAGUAGCUGCUCCGGUAGCUAAAUAUGUUGCUGCUCCAGCUUACCACGAAGAAGAAUAUGAAGUAAUCCCAUACAAAUACGCAUACGAUGUACAAGACGCCCACACUGGUGACUACCACUCCCAAGAAGAAGUUAGUGAUGGACACCAUGUUUCUGGACAGUACUCUCUCCACGAAGCUGACGGUACCAUCAGAAUCGUAAAGUACUCUGACGAUGGACACGGUUUCAAUGCUGUAGUAGAGAGACAAGGAGAACCAACUCCUACACCUGUUGUUUACAAGAAAGACGUAGCUGCCUCUUACUACUAA